AUGCCCUCGGGAGACAGUAUGCAUGGCAGCUCGAUGCGAAACUCCCAGCGAGACAGUCCUCGAAGCAUUCAAGCACGAAGACGGGUGACACCAGCGAGCGCGCCAGCGCGGUCUCCUCGUCUGUCCCAGUCACGAGCCUCGCCACAAGUCUCAAGCAAGUCAGCGGCUGCAGAUUACGCGUUUGAUUAUGCAGCCGCAGUGGUCGGCUACUUCGUCGACGUGGUGUUCUCAGCACUCAAGCUCCUGAAGACGCCCAUAUCAUGGAUCAUUGCAGCGUAUCUCCUUGCUGGGGUCCUGACGCUACUCCGCAACUUUCUCACCAAUUCUAUCUAUACGGCCAUGACACCAAUCUGUCGGUUGCCCUUUGCGCCUACAUUGAUCCCUAUAUGCUCCUACCAAUCAAACUUUCCAGGGCCCGAUGGUCAGCAUCAUCCAACCAUCGAUGCAUCUUCGUCUGCUCCGGAUCCCGAAUUCUCUUCACUCAUGUCGGCACAAAACAAGUUGACGGGUAUAUUGGACGACACGACUGCGAGCUUGUCGCUUCCGCUAUCGAUGAAGCGGUCGGAAGUUUCUAUCCGUGACCUCCGCCAAAUAGUCCGCUUCUCGUCGCUGAACUCACGGCACGAGCUUGUGCUUGAAUUUGAUGGCUUCAUCGAAACAGCUAGGGCAGCGUCUUUCGAUCUCCAGAAGUUCAACUCACACGUUGGCAGGGCGGUAGACGUGACACUGAGCACGGCGAGGUGGACCGAGCGAAUUCUCGACGACAUGGCCCAGAAGAAUAGAGAAGCUUCUAACACGCUGGUUCCUCGGUUUGUGAAGAAUCUCAUGACGCCCUUCACACCUGUGCCGUUCACCAAGUCUCGAUUGUUGGACCAAUAUCUGGUACACACGAAUCUGAUCAGCGAAGAGAUCGCCAAGCUCAUCGAUGAGGCGCAGGCCCUGCUGUUGGUCUUGCAAAGUCUGGAAGACCGCCUCGAAGUCAUUCACUCGAUCAGCUUUUCGAGCAGUCAGAACGCGCAGGUUUCGAAGGAUGAAAUACUGUCUCAUCUCUGGACGAUGGUGGGAGGCAAUCGUGCUCAACUCAGCAAGUACAACAAGCACCUGCGGCUGUUGUCUCAAGUGGGCGAGUAUCGAACGGCGGCAUUCGCUCACGUUAGUGGCACCAUUCUGAAACUACAGGCAAUGGGAGCAGAAUUGGAGGAGCUCCGCACAAGAGUCGAUGCUGCCGGUCUUGAGAAGCAGGUCCGCAAGGAAGUGUCACUUGAGGUCCACCUCGAGAGCAUCAGACUUGGUGUGGAGAGGCUGGAAGAUGGGCGAGCGAAGGCUCGAGAGGUGGAAAAGGGAUACACGCGCCGUGUUCUUGACGUGAGCGAACAGGGACAGCUGGAAGUAGAUGAGAAACGACUUGGGAGGACUCUGGACGACGACCUGUACGACUACGACGCUCUAGGAUAA